AUGAUAUGCACCACUACAGAUACACCCCCUGAGGACGUUCGUAGUCCGUGGGCGGCAUGCGAGACUCUGAAUAGGUCUGCGAUGGCUCCAAGGCUCAACCUCCCGGAGAAGCUCGACCUGAGUUGCUUCGAGAUUGGCCCAACAGUGGGCACUGGAUCGUAUGCAUCAGUAUGCGUUGUCAGCCUGAAAAGUGCUUCCGAGCCCCAAAGACCGACCUUUGCGCUGAAAGUGCUGCACAAGACGAAGGUUAUUUCGGAACGUCAAGUGUUGCAUCUGCGUAACGAGAAAAAGAUUCUGUCGACGAUCACUCACCCCUUCAUUGUGCGCUAUCUUGGCAGUUUUCAGGACGAAGUGAACGUUUACAUGCUGCUUGAAUACGUAUGCGGCGGGGAACUGUUCAGUUACAUCUACAAGUAUGGCGCCUUGGGCCACACCGUGGCUCGCUUUUACACCGCCCAGGCGGUGCUUGCCAUCGACUUUCUGCACUCGAAGGGUAUCGUAUACCGUGAUUUGAAGCCUGAGAACAUGCUGUUGGACCGUUUUGGCCAUAUCCGCCUUGUGGACUUCGGUUUCGCCAAAGAGGUGAAGAACAAGACUUACACGGUAUGUGGAACUCACGACUAUCUUGCCCCUGAGAUAUUUCUGCGCUGUGGACAUGGUGUGGAGGCUGAUUGGUGGUCGCUGGGUAUUUUGGUUUACGAGCUGCUGACCGGUGCUCCGCCGUUUCACGCCUCUGACCCCGUGUCCACGUACGACCUAGCUCUGGAGAACCGCAUCCUGUUCCCGCUUUCGGUAAGGAACGAGGUGAAGGACUUCGUCCGGAAACUUCUUGUGGUGAGUCCUCGUAAACGCCUUGGCGCAAGCGGGAGUGCCGCUAUCUACUCCCAUCGUUUCUUCCACGGCAUCGACUGGAUGAAGAUGCUGUCCAAACAGGUGAAGCCCCCCAUUGUGCCCCGUCUUAGUGGAGGUACUGACACGGCCAAUUAUAUGAAGUACAGCGACGACUGGAGGUCUUACAACGUGAGAAUCACACCAGCAGAGCAGGCCGAACAUUUUAGCGAUUUUUAG